UGUCGCCCUGUCCGCGCUCGCGGGCCACUCUCCGCCGGCGUCCGAGCCCCGCGCGCUCCUCUCCUCCGCGCCGCCCCCGUCGAGAUGCUGCGCUGCGGCCUGGCCUGCGAGCGCUGCAGGUGGAUCCUGCCCCUGCUCCUGCUCAGCGCCAUCGCUUUCGACAUUAUCGCGCUGGCCGGCCGCGGCUGGCUGCAGUCGAGCGACCACAUCCAGACGUCCUCGCUGUGGUGGCGAUGCUUCCACGAGGGCGGCGGCAGCGGGUCCGCCGCGGAUGGCUGCGAGAGCCUCAUGGACUACGCGUGGGGAAGGGCAGCUGCUGCCAUGCUCUUCUGUGGCUUUAUCAUCCUGGUGAUCUGUUUCAUCCUCUCCUUCUUUGCCCUCUGCGGACCACAAAUGCUUGUCUUCCUGAGAGUGAUUGGAGGCCUCCUGGCCCUGGCUGCUGUGUUCCAGAUCAUCUCCCUAGUAAUUUACCCGGUGAAGUACACCCAGACCUUCAACCUUCAUCUCAACCCUGCUGUCACUUACAUCUAUAACUGGGCCUAUGGCUUUGGGUGGGCAGCCACAAUUAUCCUGAUCGGCUGUGCCUUCUUCUUCUGCUGCCUCCCCAACUACGAAGACGACCUCCUGGGCAAUGCGAAGCCCAGGUAUUUCUACACAUCUGCCUGAGGUGGGGAAGGCACUGCUGCCAGAAUGUAUUACAGAAGAAGAAACUAUUCUCCCCGGAAUACUUGGAACCUGUUUUGGGGAGCAGUGUUUAUAUUAUUGGACUAGUCAAAAUACCAAAAUAAUUUGGGAGAAAAUAUUUCUUAAAUGAUGUUAGAGUUUCAUAUUCAUCUUUUAUAUGUGUUGUAUAAACAAAACCUACUUCUUUUAAUUAAUUACCUAUAAUAUGCCAGUAUUCCUUAAUAUCUAUCCAUACCAUUUAUACUGAAUUUGUACAAGAAUCUGAAUAUGAAACUUACCAUUUUAUAAGAUAAAAAUGAGAAAGCUUCAAAGAUUUAAAUAAUCUGAUCAAAUGUCUGUUUUUCCAAGGUUAAAUAGACUGUGUCUUUUAAAAGAAGAGAGAAAUACUGGUAAAAAAUGUCAGUAACCAAAUACUCUAAAAAAAUAUAUAUAUUUUUUCCAGAUUUCAGCUACUUAAAGAAGCAAAAGUUUUCUAAAUGCAUAUUAUUUGUGAGAAUUUCUAAUUAAUAGCCUAAAGAAUUGACUUUUUUCUAAGCAUCACUUUAACUUUAUAUAUAUGUCAUUCAGGAAUAUACUCUUUCAAGGUGAAAACCUGUUGCAGUAGUAAAGCCUUAUGUAGGGAAGUUUUCUCUUCUAAAGUGGUUUUUAGGGUUGGGGUAUGGGAAAAUGAUAUAGUAAUCUGUACUGUUUUGUGUCUAUCUGUUCAGAACCAAAGUUGAUUGAGUUGAAAGAUGGACCGGGUCUAAUUCAUCAUGACUGAUAGAUAUGAUUAGGUUGUGCAAUAAAACAUUAGGAAGGCAAUUCCUAUCUCAAAAGUAACAUUGAAACAACCUAAGGGGAAGGAAUGGCUUGAAUAUUUCAUCUCAUUUGACUGGGCUCUAAUCAUAUAGACACAGCUUCUGAUAGCAACUGUAAGCAAAAACUUAAAUGUAGUUUGAAACCUGGUCUUCCUGGAUAAAACAGAUUUAAAAUAUCUGAUAUAAAACAUCAACAGGAGAGUUCAAGGAUGUGAAAUCUUUGAAUGGAAAAUAUAUGAUAUAUCACAUGGAUUAUUAUUUUUUUUUACCAUUUGUACUUCCAUAAUGAAAACCAAUUCAUAUGAUAUAUCAAAUUUUUAUUUGGUAAGUUGCAGAACAAGCAAUUACGGUUUCUAUUAUGAGUUUUUCCCAAUAAACCAGGUGUUCUAAUCUUGUUUCUA